UUUUUUUCAUAUUUUUUAUUAAGAUGUAAAUUGCUCACGUAUUACCCUAAAAGCUUAACUUACCCCUUAACAUGACACUGACUGGCACAAUUUAAUGUCAGCUAUGUAGUCAUCAUUUAGACUUACGUCAUUAUCAUUACUAGACAUAUGAUUAGCGGCAAGGGGAUCAUACCUGUGCAGUGAGACUGUGCAUGUCUCUCUCUCUCUUUCCCCUCCCUCUAUCGUCGUCGCAGUAUCUCCCUCGCUCACUUGUCACUUGCCCCUCGCGCACAGGACCGGUUCAGUCACUCACACACACACACACACGCGCACAAACUUUACUACGGUCCGGUGUCAGAAGCAACACCACUGAUCUCCGUGCGGGACGCCGUUAAGAACAGAUGGAGACACUUCAAACGGCCAUCGCGAGCAGAGAGGACACCGGACCGUUAAAAAAGCCGCUGGCAGACACGAAAGAGCACUGCGACAGUGGCGAUCACAGCGAAACGAAUUAUGUAGAUCUGGGGAAUCCAUCGGACAUGAAGUCAGACAGCACAAAGACUGUAAAAGUCACUUUCACAGGUGAAGGGAACCAGCUGGCAAUAUUUAAAUGUAAAGGCGAUGCAUCCAUCUCCGGGAUUAAGAGUCCUGGGGAGCGAGAGAAGAAUGGAAAUACAGACAAAAGUUUAUCGAAAGAAUGUCACGAGGGAAAGUGCCAUUCUGAGAAGCUUUAUGGAGAGCGCGUUCCGCUAAUAGAAGAUUGUGUUGACUCGGGAACGGAUGUCAAAACCGAAAAUCCAAAUUCUGCGUCGUAUGAAACGGAGGAGUUACAAUACACCGACAUGUACUUGAACAGCCGUUGCGAAUCAAAGGACAGCACGAGCGCAGCGGACGUAGAGUCACACUAUAUAACAACGCACGAGAUUCAGCUAACGGAGUUAGAUCACGAUGUGGAUUACGAGUUUGGUCGAGGAUCCUGCUGGGAUUUCGAGGAUGAUAAUCUGGUAUAUUCAUUUGUUGACUACGCAUCAUUUGACAGCGACGAGACGACUCUCGGGAGAAUCCAAAGCAAGUCCAAGAGCAAUAAAGGUCCGCCCGCUUCACGCGCAGCGAAGCUUUCCGCCACAGGUGCUCUGGUCAGCACCGAAAGUGAACUUUGCGAAUCCGAUAAAUGUGCCAGCUCGGAUGAAGGCGGCGGACAGCAUGGAAAUUCGUCUGGACGUAUUCACCUGUCAAUCAAAACGUCUUCGCGCGCGAUCAACGACCCUGCCAAUGUUUUAGGUCAGAGGAAUGUCCGCUUUCACAGCAGACGUGCAGGUGAGCGGAGUCAUUAUUCAUUCAGAAGCUCUGACUCCAAAAGCGAGACCCUGUUUGACCGCUACUUUAUCCCACCUCCCGGUCGCCAACACCUCGCGAGCAAACUGAGGGGAAAAGACAUUAACGAAUAUUCCAGUGGCGCGUCCAGUUCCGUCAGCGAACUGGAUGACGCGGAUAAAGAGGUGUGUAAUCUCACCGCGCGUUCCUUUCGGAGUUUGGCUUGCCCUUACUUUGAUGCCAUAAAUUUAAGCAGCUCGAGUGAGUCCUCAAUGUCAGAGCACGGUCUGAGUAUUAACAAAUGGUCCGCUUUCGUCGACUUAAAUUACGGCAAUUUAACACGUGAGGCGCACAAGAACUCUACGCCUGUUUUUGAGGCAAACAAAAGCGCUGAGUGUACAACCAUAAAAGAUGUGGUUCAAACCAAUACGCCUAGUCCUCAAACUAAAAUAGUGUCGCUGAAAAAUAACUUGAACUCUCAGCAGGCGUCUAAGAAAAUAGAAAUACGAAGCAAACCGGGUGAAACCAUCACACUGACUGAAACCUUGAACUUCAGCUGUAAUGUCGGAUCAGGGAUACCUGCGCGCGAGAGGCGCGCGAAACGCGCGCUGAAUGCCAUAAUGUCACGUUCCACAGCUGAUGUUACGGGCACAACGCCAACCAAGGCGGGGUGUGAAGCAGAAAGUCCGCUCGGUGAAACCUUGGAAGAUGCCCACAAGAAAGCCAUCUUCGCCUCUAGUAUUUUGAAAAAUGUAAUUUCCAAGAAAAUGCAGUUUGAGCAAGAGCGUAAAAUGGAAAGAGGUGAAAUAAGUGAUACGUAUCCUGUGUCAUCAGUGUGCCCUCACUCUAAGGACUGUAAAGAGACUGUGAAGUGCUUACAAAGACAGACUUCAGAAACUGCAUCAGGACACUCACAAGAGGAGCUCGGGGAGGCAACAGACCAGCCACAAGAGAAUCCGAGUUCCCAUGCUGCUGAAAUCACAGAGUCACCCUGUGACACAGAAAUGACCUCCAAAUUAGACCCAAGCGAACCACUAAAGACUCCUUUGACCCCCAGCCAAAAAAGUGCUUUCAAAACCUGGAAAGAUGGAGAGCAGGAAGCACAAGGUGAUGGAGAAUCUCAGGAGGAAGAGACGCUGCCAGACACUUCAAUUAGACCUGUGAUGGAAAGCAGUGAAAGUGUUGAGGGCGAGAGUAGUAAGAUGAUUAAGAUGUCUCACUUGUAUGUCCCUAGCUCGCAGCUUAUGCCUAAGGAAAAGGAAGCUGCUGGGCUUUCAUUACAUAAUCUGAAAGUGACUGGAGAUCUUGCAGAGUCAGAUGGGGGAGGGUGUGGAAAAGACAGCUCUGGCCAGCUCCAGUGCUCUGCGGACACAGACCAAACCUCACAGUGUCAAAAAGUGCCCGAAAUCAAAAUACAACUUCGAAGCGUCAAAGAAAACAAAAACAAUCAGUUCAAUAUCACCAGUUUGUUAACGCCUAACAUCCAUCACAAUGCCAACGCUAAAAAGGCGACAAGCGAAUCUAAAAGCCAUUCGUUGACCAUAUCGGACAAAGUACCCCAUUUUAUGGUAAGGGAUAUUAGAGAUAGUAAAUGUAAGUUCCAGACUCCUAUUCAUCAGGUUAGGGACGUGCGCAAAUUGGUUAAAAGCUCAUAUCGGUUUGUAGCGCUAGAAAACACUUGCGGUUCCUCAGGGACGGCAUCCACAGCAUUACGAGAGGAGAGCAAACCUGUUAAUAGGGGACCUGACAAAAAGACAUUUCCCACACCAAUGGUAAUAAAAUGCCAGUCUGUGAACACAAACAAUGCCACAAAACCCUCCGAGCCUGUUAAUAAGGGUGAGAAGGUGGCUGAAACAUCAAGAUUAUCCCUAAAUCUCUCCUCUGAGUGGGCUACUAAAAGUGAAAGCGUUCGCGCCGCACCCAGAGUGCCAUGCGCUAAGCAGCCUCUGACUGAACAGCCAGAGUUUAGCUUAAAAAUUGAUGCUAAAGCGGCAAAACAAAAAUCAGAAAAGGCAACAGAUAGCAGCGAGAAGAAACCAGAGUCGAAGGUUUCAAAUCAAAUAGCGCUUGAAAAGUUAAAGGCAGCUGUGAAAACUAUGGAGCAACUAUAUGUUUUUGAUAGGAACGAAUGGAAGCGCAAAACGCAAGCGCCGCGACCAAUCACCGAUAGCCACGUGCUGUCGCUCAUCACACGGGAGGAGCAAGGAGUCACGACCAAAACGGACUUUGAGAACGAAUUUGGGAAAGCGGACACUAGCUCACAGCUGCAUGCUGAAAAGUUGACCGCAACCUCAAGUGCUGGUGUUGACGAGGAUAAAGUGUGUAUGCCAACAAGUUCUCACGGUCAAGAAGACACGGCUAAGUCAGUAGCCCAAAGAACAGAGUCUUUCACUGACAAGUGCGCAUUUAGUCUAGGCAGUAACCUCAAAGCACCGAACCGUAUAAACACAGUGAAUGACAGCGCUCAACAAAUGUUUUCUAGCAGAAACUAUACGUUUAAAUCUCAUAAAGCACCUUUGUCGCUGAAAAUCUGUCCUUCUAAAUCAAAAAGUGAGGAAAAGCAUCAGAAAGAGCACCAGAAAGAGCACCAGCAGCCAGACUCUGACAAUUACCUAACAAUCCCUGUUAAAGCUCACGCUCCAGAUUCAAAACCCUCAAAACCUUCCCAUCAGCCCCUGCAAUGCUCACCUAUUGUAAUGGAGUCUUGGUCCCCUGAAAGUCCGACGGCUAUGAUAUAUCACCACGCCGUACCCCUGCCUGGUGUACCUGCCGCUCAACCCCAGCUACUCUGCCUCACGCCCCCCGCAGACCUCCCACCUCCUCACAUCCAGCGCAAGCUGCUGCUGGACCCCACCACAGGCCAGUACUACUUAGUGGACACGCCUGUGCCCAUGCAACCAGCCGCACAGCGGUUUUACCAUCCUGAGAGUGGUCAGUACUUGGACAUUCCUUUAUCGUUCACCCCAGUGCCUGUGUCAGUCUCUCCAGUCGCCCUCGGUCCUGCGGCAGCCUAUCCCCCCACCUACUUGGUCUACCCCUCAACCUUGCUGCCACCCCACCCGCACCCGGCCCCUCAGUCCCACUCAUCCACCUGCUCAGAGGCAGAGGAUGCGGUCGAGACGAGCAGCAUGUAUAUGAUGCCGCCGGGCACCACAGUACCCAGCAGUACCACCACUAAACCUGUCAUCAGUAUUACAUCACAGCAAGGUGCCCGUAUUGUUGCUCCUCCUUCCUUUGACGGCACAACCAUGAGCUUUGUGGUGGAGCAUCGAUAACGGAAGGAUGGUCUGUCUGUCGGAGUUUGUCCUCCUCCCACUUCAUCAAAAAAAAAAAAAAUUCCUCAGACAUGUUUCACAGUUUCCCACAUCUGUCUUCAUCAAUUCCUGGUGUUGCCUCCUGAUCUGUGACUUUUGCAACGUACAAAAGCUAAAGAUGACCCAUUUUGAAGCAGUUUUUACAAACUUAUGUAACAUUUGCUGUUUAUGUAGUCUGUAGACUUUUUGAGGCAACUUUUUUUUUUUGCCCAUCCAGCCUUCUUGAAGCACCGCACAAUUAAGGGAAAAUGUUGCUCUUUCAGUUUUCAUUUCAUUGUAUAAAGUGUUUGUAUUUUUA